AUGGCGCUGCGCGGCUGCCUGCAAGCCGGUCGGGGGCUGUUGCGCGCCGCUGGGCCGCGGCGGCCGCCUGCCCGCGGGGGCUGCGCCGGGGUCCGGCCGCCAGCCUUCGGGUUCCUCUUCGACGUGGACGGGGUGCUGGUGCGGGGCAGCCAGCCGGUGCCCGCCGCCCGCCAGGCCUUCCGGAGGCUGGCGGACAGCAACGGGCGGCUCCGGGUGCCGGUCGUCUUCUUGACCAACGCCGGCAAUUGCCUGAGGUCGGCCAAGGCUCGGGAGCUCUCCCAGGCGCUGGAGCUGCAGGUGUCUCCGGAGCAGGUGAUCCUGUCUCACAGCCCCCUGCGGCUCUUCAGCCAGUUCCACCAGAAGUGCAUGCUGGUGGCCGGGCAGGGGCCCGUGGAAGAGAAUGCCCAGGACCUGGGGUUCAAGCAUGUGGUCACCAUAGAGGCACUGAGAAAGGCAUAUCCACUGUUAGAUAUGGUGGAUCAUAGCCGGAGGCCAAAGGAGCUGCCUCCUCCAACCACUGGCUUCCCCACUAUAGAAGGGGUGAUUCUCUUUGGUGAGCCAGUGAGGUGGGAAACAAGCUUGCAGCUUAUUAUUGAUGUACUCCUGAGUAAUGGGAACCCUGGAGCAGAGCUGCAAGACAUACCAUACCCCCAUCUGCCUGUCCUUGCCUGUAACAUGGAUCUCCUGUGGAUGGCUGAAGCAAAGAUGCCCAGGUUUGGCCAUGGCACUUUCCUUCUGUGCUUGGAAAGCAUCUACAAGAAAGUGACAGGCCGGGAGCUGAAGUAUGAGGCUUUGGUUGGCAAACCCAGCACAGUCACCUACCGCUAUGCUGAGUACUUGAUAAAAGAGCAAGCCCAGAAACAGGGCUGGGAUGUUCCCAUCCGCCGCCUCUAUGCUGUUGGGGAUAACCCUAUGUCUGAUGUCUAUGGGGCAAACCUCUACAACAGCUACCUCAGGUCAGCUCAGCAGAAGCAGGUGGAGGCUGGGAUGAAGAGGAACCCACCGGCAGCCGGUCCCCAGAGUGAGCUGAGGGAGAACUGCGAGGGUUCAGUGGAGAGCUGCGAGUCUAUCCUGGUCUGCACUGGGGUGUACCGCCACGCCGCAGCCGCUCCCGGCGCGCAGCAGGGGCACGCAGCAGGGACGGUGUUCCACGGCCAUCGGGACUGCGGCUGGGAGCCCAGCCUCGGGGAGGCGGCUUACAUAGUGCCGGACGUGAACGAUGCUGUGCAGCUUGCUUUCAAGAAGGAGGGCUGGAGCUAGGGCUAAGACAGGUGUGCCUAAAGUUCUGCCAUCAGGGAUUCUAUGGACUGGAAAGGGAGGAAGGAAAGAACAGAGAGAGACCUGGAGCGAUCUUCUGAUCUCGCCAGCGCAGCCUCGGCACUGGAGCCCCUUGCUUUGGUACUCCUCUGCAAUCUUGGCGACUGCCAGCAGGCUUUCAACUGUGAGCACACACUGCUGCCAUCAAUAACUGAGCCACAAUGAAAACAGGGUAUAAGGAGGAGGCCUGUCCCAGCAAUCCUAGUUUUGUUCAGACAUCAGAGUUCUUUCUUCUCCACCUUUCAUGCAUGAAGAUUAGGAAAAUCCACCCUCCAGAUCCUCACAAUGUCCUAGAGGGUGAAGCUCUUCCCUGCACAAGGAGCCCCUGUCAGCCAGUGCACCAUUCAUACACUGAACUAUUUGUCCAGUCUGUGAUGGGAGCGCACCAGAAGCUGUGUUCUCAGGUGGUGCUGUGCUAAAGGAUGGCUUUAAGUCUUAACAUGCUCCUUAAGAAGAGUAAGUGCCUAUAGAAUGCAACAAAGUCUGUUUGUUUGGUGGUUUGCCACUGUGUCAUCGUUACUCUGAAACAAAGUCCCAUUUUGCAGUCCUCCAGCAGCUAUGGAGAGGGAGUGCCCCUCAAAGGAAGCUGCAGUAGCCAGAGCCAUUAGCUACAGGGCCAAGGGGAAAGUGACAUUAUUCCCUGCCCCCCUAGUUAGCAUUCUGAGAGUGCCUCUGCCUUUUCACAUCCCACUAGGGAGCCAGCAGCCUGAUCUCAGUUGCAGAGGAAACCAUGACUGAGUCUGAAUUUCUAUAGCUGGCUUUACCCAAACAAAAAUGCUGCAGCAAGAGGCUGUUUCAGCACACAGUCUGAACCCAAACGUUUGAAAGGAACAUCCUCCUGCUUCAGAUGGUGCAGGUUUCAAAGAAGGACUCUGCUUUGGAACAAGGACCAACUAGGAGGAAUCAUGGCCCUUUGCUCCUUCCUUCCUUGCAGGCAGGAUUGAAAGAGUUCAUCAAGCCAGGAUGAAACCUGAGCCCCAAAUCCUCAAUUUCAUCUUUUAAGAAUGCAAACUUAUCCAUCCUUCACUUCCUUGGGUUUUUUUAUUCUCUUGUGUGAUUUGCAGCUCAGGGAUAUCCUAUAUGUUCUCAUCCCUGUUCUCUCCUCUUCCUUUGCUGUGCUGGCAGAGUCUUGCCUGCCCAGGAACAUUUCUGUGUCCCUAAUGACAUGUCUUCUGUUGCCUCUGUUCUCCUAGUUUGGUCUAUCCAGAGAGACUGAGACCUGUGUCUCCUCAGGCAGCCCAAAGCAGCUAAGCAAGCACUGCCUGAGAAACACCACGUGAAAGACUGGCUCAAAUUGUGUCUUAUUCUAGAGAAGCACUGUGAUUUUAGAAGCAUAAACCAGUCUGUGAUGAAAAGCCUUUGGAGCCAACACAACUGAGCUGGUGUUCCUAGUUAGCUCACACUGCAGUGAGGGAUCAGAAAUAGGUCUGCUCUGCCUGCCUCUUCCUUCCUGCUUUACCAGGCAGCUUCAUAUACAGGGUACAGACAAGAUGUUCUGCACAGAAGUUUGAGCUGUUCUUAAUUCAAAUCUCAGCAUCCAUGUGCACUGGCAUUCUGCUUCAGGAGCUCUGCCAUCUUCUCCAUACUGAUGGGAGGUACUUACUGGCAGAAGUACUAAGGUCUGUCCAUCUGUGUGUGCAGCAACCUCUGGCAGAGCUCUUUCUCAUGGAGGCUGUGAUGCCAGUUACUGAAAGACAAGGUGCUGCUGAACCAGUGUUCCCUGAGGGGUGCAGUGCUGCUGAAUCAGGGCUCCCAAAGGGAGCCAGGUGCACUGCCUGCUGCUCUGAUGAUGGCAGUGGCUUUGUGGAAGGAAGAGGCAGGGGAAUUUUGAGACAUCACAAGUGGUUUGUAAUUUCCUAUCAGCAUGCAUGGCACAUCUUGGCCAGGAGCGAGGGAGGUAGCAAGGCAAAGGAGGUAGCACCUCCUUCAAGAGAGGAAGAGGUUUGCAUUUGCAUGAAGGGUGAGCCAAGCAUCUCUGUCUUUGGAAUAGCAGUGGAGGUGAGCUGACUGAUGUGAAUCUCCUCAGAGUCCAAUCCUGCCUUUAGCUCCAGAUUUGGUUUUUUCCAUGUUAGUGCUGAAACAGUGCUCUGGGAGUCUUAAAAAUGUGUAGGAGGAACUUCAGUGAUAAGGAAUUUAAGAAAUCCUUUGCUUGUGAGUUGAAAUUGGACAGAAGGGAGGAGAAAAUCUAGAAUAGUCUUGAACCUUCUCCCCAGUUCUUGCCAAGUAAGGUUGCAUAAAAGGCUCUGCUUGUUGGUCUGUGCGUUAAUGAGUCAGGCUGUCCUUCAUCUGAACAACAGAGACCUUUCCUGUCUUCCCCUGCUCAGCUUUUUGAUACAGUCCACUUUGUCCAAGUCACUGCCUAGGAACUGCAUAGACACAGCAGACAGAAUAGGAAUUCUUGGCUCUCCAGCAGCUGCUGGGCACUGACUUGAUUCUGGAAGGUUUCUACAGACAAAAGUGUUUGCCAGGUCUCCACAAGUUGGGUGCUAGAGUGCUGUGUGGGCUUCUAGCUCAUCUGCAGCUCGUUUGUGGACAUCUGUCAGUGCUAGAAUUCAGUGAAAGCCUUUUUCCUUGUAAUUGCAGCUUCCUGGAAUAAGUUUCAAGUGUGACUGUAACAAAACUUCAUCUCAUGUAUUACACAGAAGUGGUAUUUCUGAAGCCCUAUUUCUCCCAUUUGCAGCAAGCAUCGUUCUGGGCAGAUUAUGGGACCAGGCAGGAGAAGGACUUCACUUGAUGAGCCAAUACCUUACUAUUGGUAUGGUGCACUGCCCUACACAGCAAACAUGGGGAAGACCUGAUCCUAACAAAGCCAUCCUUCAUAUGUUGUGUUUCAGUCAAGCCUCAGGGGAGUAUGCAGUGAGCCCAGGCAACUGAGAAGAGCAGGGAGGAACCAGAGGAGGGAUGGACCUGGUUUGGAUUUGAAGCAGAGAGCCUUUAUGUCAUGCAAUAACAUAGUGAAGAGAGAGUUUCUUUAUUCCAUAUGACAUGCAACUACUAGCCUGGCAUUCAGGGAUUCAUGCAACACUACUGUCUCCUUUCUUCCAGUCUUAAUCCCAGGGUGUCUUUUUUCCUCCAGUAAAUGAGUAAUGUUUCAGCUGUGCCCUGUAGCAGAGUGAUUCUAUAUUCGACAGAGGAAUCAGGAGCUGUGAUUGUUGUGGAUUUCAUACUGAUUUCAGCCCAGUUCUGGAGCUGAUCCUUUGAUCUAGCACAUAUAUAAAAUAAUAAAAGAUGUUUACUUUGAAUAAAUUUAA